AUGGCAAAGAAUAAAGGCACUACAUGCUCCAAGGUGCAAUCGCGUGAAAUGUUACCUGUUCCAAUUCUUGAGAAAGGAGUUUUUCGUUUUGAUUGUUCUGUGCAUGAUAGAAAUAAUGCAUCACCGAGCAUUUCUUUCAAAAAUCCAAAAUGCAGGGAUACACCAAUUACGAACUGUCAUGUAAAUCCAACCUACACUCCGACAUUUGAAUGUGUUAUGGGAGAACAAAGAGUAAAUAUUGAGUUGCCGUCUGGUACCUCUUUUUAUGGAACUGGAGAAGUAAGCGGUCAGCUGGAGCGAACCGGAAAGAGAAUUUUUACUUGGAAUACUGACGCAUACCUCUACACUGUGGAGACAACUUCCUUGUAUCAAUCCCAUCCUUGGAUUCUAGCUGUUCUCCCUGAUGGAAAAGCAUUAGGGGUUCUUGCAGAUACUACUAGACGAUGUGAGAUUGACUUGACGAAGGAAUCAAAUAUAAAGAUCAUUUCUCCAUCAUCAUAUCCUUUGAUCAUAUUUGGUCCAUUUUCUUCACCAGCAGAUGUUCUUAUGUCUUUCUCCCGUGCUAUUGGUACUGCUUUUAUGCCACCCAAAUGGUCACUGGGCUAUCAGCAAUCUCGUUGGAGCUAUGAUUCUGAUGCACGAGUUCGUGAGAUUGCAAGAACAUUUCGUGAAAAAAAAAUACCUUGUGAUGUCAUAUGGAUGGACAUAGAUUACAUGGAUGGUUUUCGAUGUUUCACAUUUGAUAAGGACCGGUUCUCGGAUCCGAAGUCUCUUGUAGACUAUCUUCAUCAAAAUGGUUUCAAAGCAAACUGGAUGCUUGACCCAGGAAUCAAACACGAAGAGGGUUAUUUUGUCUACGACAGUGGUUCUAAAAGAGAUAUCUGGGUUCAAACAGCUUCCCAGAAGCCGUUUGUAGGGAAGGUGUGGCCUGGGCCUUGUGUAUUUCCAGACUUCACAAAAUCAGAAGCCCGCUCAUGGUGGGCUAGUCUUGUCAAGGACUUUGUUACUAAUGGUGUGGACGGUUUGUGGAAUGAUAUGAAUGAACCGGCAGUUAUGGAGACUCAAACUAAGACAAUGCCUGAGAGCAAUAUUCAUAGGGGAGAUCCAGAAUAUGGAGGCAAACAGAACCAUUCACACUAUCACAAUGUUUAUGGUAUGCUGAUGGCAAGAUCAACAUAUGAAGGCGUGAAACUAUCUAACGAACAAAAACGUCCAUUUGUCCUUACUCGAGCUGGGUAUGUGGGUAGCCAAAGGUAUGCUGCUACGUGGACAGGAGAUAAUGCGUCUACUUGGCCGCAUCUUCAUAUGAGUAUCCCUAUGGUUCUUAAUCUGGGGCUUAGUGGACAGCCAAUUUCAGGGCCAGAUAUUGGUGGAUUUUCUGGGAAUGCAACACCAAAGCUGUUUGGAAGGUGGAUGGGUGUGGGCGCUAUGUUUCCUUUCUGUCGUGGGCAUUCUAUUAGAAAUAGCGUUGAUCAUGAGCCAUGGUCUUUCGGAGAAGAGUGUGAAGAAGUUUGUCGAUUGGCAUUGAGGAGGCGGUAUCAGCUUUUACCUCACAUAUAUAAUCUGUUUUACUUAGCACAUACAGUGGGUAUCCCAGUGGCAACUCCAACCUUUUUUGCUGAUCCCAAAGAUAUUGAGUUAAGAAAACAAGAAAAUUCAUUCUUGUUGGGACCACUUCUUGUAUAUGCCAGCACCACGGAAGAUCAGGUGUCAAGUCAACUGCUGCGCAAGUUGCCUAAAGGAAUAUGGAUGAGUUUUGAUUUUGAAGAUUAUCAUCCGGAUUUGCCAUCCCUGUAUCUAAAAGGAGGAUCCAUCAUUCCUUUGGCUCCUCCUUAUCAACAUGUUGGUGAAGCUAAUCGUACAGAUGAUAUAACUCUGCCGGUGGCUUUGGAUGAACAUGGUAAAGCUGAAGGUUUUCUCUACGAAGAUGCUGGUGAUGGAUAUGAAUACCUUGAAGGAAAAUACUUGUUGACAACAUGUGUUGCUGAACUUCAGUCUUUUGUGGUAACCUUAAAAGUUUUGAAAUCUGAAGGGUCUUGGGAUAGACCAAAGCGCCGCUUAAAUGUGAAAUUACUGAUUAGCAUUGGUGCUGUGCUUGAUGCGUGGGGUACUGAUGGGGAGGUUGUGCAAAUCAAAUUUCCCACAAUCCUACCCGAAACUGUCUCUCGCCCCUUCCGACUCGCUCACCGCCUGCAGUUCUCCGGGGAGGUGUGGCCUGGGCCUUGUGUAUUUCCCGACUUCACAAUGUCAGAAGCCCGUUCAUGGUGGGGUAGUCUUGUCAAGGACUUCGUUACUAAUGGCGUGGAUGGUUUAUGGAAUGAUAUGAAUGAACCAGCUCUUUUAAAGACUGAAACGAAGACAAUGCCUGAGAGCAAUAUUCAUAGGGGAGAUCUAGACUAUGGUGGCAAACAGAACCAUUCACACUAUCACAAUGUUUAUGGUAUGCUGAUGGCAAGAUCAACAUAUGAAGGCAUGAAACUAGCUAAUGAACAAAAACGUCCAUUUGUCCUUACUCGAGCUGGGUUUGUGGGUAGCCAAAGGUAUGCUGCUACGUGGACAGGAGAUAACGUGUCUACUUGGCAGCAUCUUCAUAUGAGUAUCCCUAUGGUUCUUAAUCUGGGGCUUAGUGGACAGCCAUAUUCAGGGCCAGAUAUUGGUGGAUUUAUUGGGAAUGCAACACCAAAGCUGUUUGGAAGGUGGAUGGGUGUGGGCGCUAUGUUUCCAUUUUGUCGUGGGCAUUCUGAUAAGCGUAGCGUUGAUCAUGAGCCUUGGUCCUUCGGAAAAGAGUGUGAAGAAGUUUGUCGAUUGGCAUUGAGGAGGCGGUAUCAGCUUUUACCUCACAUAUAUAAUCUGUUUUACUUGGCACAUACACUGGGUAUCCCAGUGGCUACUCCAACCUUUUUUGCUGAUCCCAAAGAUAUUGAGUUAAGAAAACAAGAAAAUUCAUUCUUGUUGGGACCACUUCUUGUAUGUGCCAGCACCACAGAAGAUCAGGUGUCAAGUCAACUGCUGCGCAAGUUGCCUAAAGGAAUAUGGAUGAGUUUUGACUUUGAAGAUUAUCAUCCGGAUUUGCCAUCCUUGUAUCUAAAAGGAGGAUCCAUCAUUCCUUUGGCUCCUCCUUAUCAACAUGUUGGUGAAGCUAAUCGCACAGAUGACAUCACUCUGCUGGUGGCUUUGGAUGAAAAUGGUAAAGCUGAAGGUUUUCUCUAUGAAGAUGAUGGUGAUGGAUAUGAAUACCUUGAAGGAAAAUACUUGUUGACAACAUAUGUUGCUGAACUUCAGUCUUCCGUGGUAACCUUAAAAGUUUUGAAAUCUGAAGGGUCUUGGAAUAGACCAAAGCGCCGCUUAAAUGUGAAAUUACUGAUUUGCAUUGGUGCUGUGCUUGAUGCCUGGGGUACUGAUGGGGAGGUUGUGCAAAUCAAAUUUCCCACAGGAGUCGGUGCAGAGUGA